AUGAUGUUUGAAAAGAUAUCAGAGCGAUUCACAGUUGUUGAUGGCUUCGUUGUGAAGAAAGAAAAGGAUGGGAGCAGGAAAGUGGUGAACGUAACGCGUGGCCUCGCAAGACCGCCAAAAGAGGAACGCGCCAAAAUAGCGGUUCACAGACUGCAAGAUCUGUCGUUCUUUCCUGCCCAAAGUGAUGAGCUUUUUCCAUGCUCUUCUAAAAUGCUUUUCGAAACCGCAGACACCGUACGGAAGCUGUUCUAUAGAUCUCCUAAUGGAUAUAAGGCAGUGGUGAAGCGGCGUACUAAAAGCGCUGACAUCAAAAAAGCACGCGAAUUCGAGGUGAUACCGAUAAACUACCCCCACAAGAAGUUCAGAUUUCUUUAUCUAAACAGCGUGGAUGACGCUUGCAUCAGCGAUCAUCAAGACUCGCGGGCUGAAGCUGUUCUUUACAAAAAAUAAUUCAAUGGUGUUCAAGAUGCUUCAUAUCGAAGAGCUGCCUCUGCUAGACGAAGACUACGAAGUUCUCAAAGAGUAUCAGUUCCAGAGACUAGCCUACGCAAAAGAAUGCGAAGAAAUGUUCCGGCAUGCUUAUGACCUUGCCAUGAAAAAUAACGUAUCGCGUCUUUUGACGCCGAGUUUUGCGGACCGGGUCAACGGAGAGCCUCUUCUCAAGAAACUGCAAUACCAAACCGUCAAAAAAUAUGGAAGAGAUAUGGGUGAAACAUAUUUUGUUCUGGUCAACCUAAAUCGCAUGCCACUGCGGCAAUAUGUACGGGGACUGAGUGUUAACAGUGACCUACUCAAUGACUGCGUUGGGCAGUCGCAUCGCAUUCCCGAAAAGGUAGAGUAUCUUCAUGAGAUGCACCACAAGAUGCUUGCCGAGGAUACCAUGACAGACCUCGUGCACGUUUUGCUUCGGAUGAAGCCACUGACAUUGGAGCGCAAUAGUGACAGUAGAGAAUUGACGGUGGAAAAUCUGUAUCAAAUUCGCAUACACUUGCAGUCGUUCAUGACGUGGAUAAAAUAUAGUGAGUUUUCUCAGCAGCUCAACGGGUCUGAGGAGUCGUUUGAGGAGGGCGGAUCGACGAUAUGGAGACAUCUUCGAAGGCUGUUUCGAAUCGUGGCAAAAGAAGCCGACAAAACACCGAGAUACAGCAUCGAAUACUACGGAAGCGACAGCGUGCGCGUGGCGGGCAAGGAGUUUUCGCGAGGGUACAUACGAAGCUUCUACUACGAGGUGAAACAGCAGUUCGACGAGCUGUGGGAAGAAAUAGACAAGGUGUACUUGCUGGGAACAAUCAAAACGGUUGGGGAUAUGCUGCUGGAGAGUAGAUUUCUGAAAGUCGAGAACAAGGGCGAACCUUUCUUUUCAAUAGAAUCCCUUUUUCCUACCGGCGAGCGCAUUUCGCUCUUUCCAUCUCCACGAACAAGACCAACAGUCUUGCAUAUCACCACGGUUCUCGAUGCAAUUGAUAAAAUGACGGUUCUGCUCAUAUGGAGCCGGGCCUCCGUAUCGGUACCCCGAACUCCAGACGCUGGCGUACGCCGGAAAACAGCGAAACAUAUUCAUAGACAUGGAGACCAGAUGCGUGCAAAUCCGAACCAACUACAACAAAAAUGGAAAGUUUACCAAUAUCGUGAAACUGCUCGACAGGUGCACGUCCCGAUACGUUAUAUACUACAUCAUGGUGCUGAGGCUUCUUCAGAGACGUCUAUUAGGGGAGGAUUACGCUGCAUGCCAUGCGCUCAAUGGGGAUGACAGCUACGAUCACGACAUUCAGUUUGUCGAGGGCUGCCAGGACCUGUCGGCCAAGGCGAUCUCAAAAAUGAUGCUAAACCAGUUUAUUUUUCUGGAUACACAGGAAGGGCGGCUGAUGGGGUACUGGCGAUUCCAACAAUUUUUUGAAUUGCAUCCCACAGAGACCGCUGCAGCAGAGCGUCUCAAUCUGCGGGAAAUGAGACACGGCCUAAUAGCGCUGACUAGACGGUAUGUGGAUAAUGAAAAGUCGAUGGCCGAGAUACUGGCCAUGGCCGUGAGUGAAGCGGGAGCAGGACAUUCGGUGCUCACUGGCGAGCAAGUGUAUGCGUCGAAUGCGUUUUCCUUUGAGAGUUUAUGUGGACCG